AUGUCAAUUGAACAAACCUUAUCAAAAUAUUUACCAUCACAUCCAAGACCGGAAGGGGUAACUUUUACUUAUGGAACCGCAGGGUUUCGUAUGAAAGCAGAUAAAUUAGAUUAUGUGACUUAUACCGUUGGGAUCAUUGCUUCAUUAAGAUCGAAAUAUUUACAAGGGAAAACUGUUGGUGUUAUGAUUACUGCUUCUCAUAAUCCACCGGAAGAUAAUGGAGUUAAAGUUGUUGAUCCAUUAGGUAGUAUGUUGGAAAGUUCAUGGGAAAAAUAUGCUACCGAUUUAGCCAAUGCUUCUUCAACAAAAGAAAAUCUGUUGUUGGAAGUUAUUAAUGAAUUGGUGACAGAUUUGAAAAUUGAUUUAUCUGUUCCUGCUAAUGUUGUUAUUGCUAGAGAUUCAAGAGAAUCUAGUCCAGCAUUAUCUAAAGCUACUAUUGAUGGAUUUCAAAGUGUUCCCAAUACCAAAUAUCAAGAUUUCGGGUUAUUCACUACACCAGAAUUACAUUAUGUUACAAGAACAUUAAAUGACCCAAAAUUUGGUGAACCUACUGAAGAUGGUUAUUAUUCUAAAUUAGCCAAAUCAUUUAAAGAAAUUUAUGCCAUUUGUGAUUCUAAUGAAAAAAUCGAUAUAACUAUUGAUGCCGCUAAUGGAGUUGGUGCUCCUAAAAUUCAAGAAUUAUUAGAAAAAUAUUUAUCACAAGAAAUUAGUUUUACCGUAGUUAAUGGUGAUUAUAAACAACCAAAUUUAUUAAAUUUUGAUUGUGGAGCUGAUUAUGUCAAGACAAAUCAAAAAUUACCUAAAAAUGUUCAACCAGACAAUAAUAAUAAAUUAUAUGCAUCAUUUGAUGGAGAUGCUGAUAGAUUAAUUUGUUAUUAUCAAAACAAUGAAAAUAAAUUUAAAUUAUUAGAUGGAGAUAAAUUAUCAACGUUAUUUGCGUUAUUUUUACAACAAUUAUUUAAACAAAUCGAUCCAACAAAACUUUCAUUAAAUAUUGGGGUGAUUCAGACUGCUUAUGCUAAUGGAUCUUCUACAAAAUAUGUUGAAGAUGUUUUGAAAAUCCCCGUUCGUUGUACUCCAACAGGGGUUAAACAUUUACAUCAUGAAGCAGAAAAUUUCGAUAUUGGAGUAUAUUUUGAAGCUAAUGGUCAUGGUACAGUUAUUUUUAAUCCUGAAGCGGAAAAGAAAAUUUUUAAUUAUAAACCAAGUAAUGGUAAUGAUAAUAACGAAGAAGUUAAAGCUAUUAAAAUUUUACAAAAUUUUAGUCAAUUAAUUAAUCAAACUGUUGGUGAUGCAAUUUCAGAUUUAUUAGCAGUUUUAAUUGUUAUUCAUUAUUUAAAAUUAUCACCAAGUAAUUGGGAUAAUGAAUAUACUGAUUUACCUAAUAAAUUAGUUAAAGUGAUUGUUCCUGAUAGAUCUAUAUUUAAAACUACAAAUGCUGAAAGAACUUUGGUUGAACCAAAAGGUAUGCAAGAUGAAAUUGAUAAAUUAGUAGCCAAAUACCCCAAUGGAAGAUCUUUUGUAAGAGCUUCUGGUACUGAAGAUGCUGUUAGGGUUUAUGCUGAAGCUGAUACGAAAAGUAACGUUGAAGAAUUGUCUAAAGCAGUAUCUGAAUUAGUUAAAUAG